AUGUCGCUAGCUAACAGCUUGCCGCUUUUGGAAUUACGCCUUCCGUCCGCCUUGUACUGCACCGGAACGUAUCAAAAAUCGUCCAAGGCAUCACUCAACCAAAUGCGCUUGCUUCGCUUCGUGCGCCGGCCCAAGGCCAGGGCAGCUGUGGCCGCCCCAGCUCAGCCUGCUCCACGUAGAAGCCGCCGCCGCGCCCUCCGCAAGUGGCUCGCGCCGCGCGUCUUCGUGCUGGCCGCGGCCGUCGCGCCCGUCAUUCCUAGGCUGCCUCAUUAUACGACGCCGGUCGUCGUCAUGCACGCCGCCGCCCCGCACGCGCCGAAACAGCUCCCGGGCGGCAUCGACGGCGAGACUCCGGAGGUGAUUUUCCUCGAGGCCGCCUCGAAACCGCGGCUCCUCGACCGCGCCACCGCCUCCCUAAAGAGGAGAACAAAGGCGCUUCCCGAGUUAUUCGGGCGCCAGGCGUCGAAGGCAAGACGAGUAGCAGCGCAAACGAUCGCCCCGCGCGACGACGAAUCCAAGGGACGGUCCUACUCCGGCGCGCCGUCCUUCGCGGCCACGGCGGCGGAGAAGGUCGGCCCCGCGGUCGUGCGCGUCGACGUCGAGCGCGCGGACGGCGUGCGCUACUCGCACGCGUCGGGCUUUUGUUACGAUUCGGCGAAGGCGCUGGUAUUGACGAACGCUCAUGUUGUGCAUGGUGCGACGCGCGUCUCGGUGGUGACGAGUACCGGUGAGCGGUAUCGGGGCACGGUGCUCGGCGCCGACGCCCAUACCGAUAUAGCGGUGCUGCGCAUGGACACUGCUGGACGGCGUGUCCCGCAGGCUCCCGUUGUGGAUCAAGACUCGUUGCUGAGGGUCGGGGACUGGGUGGUCGCGAUCGGGCACCCGAUCGGCCUGGACCACACCGUGACGCUAGGAAUUGUGUCUUCAUUAGGAAGGUCCUUGAGCGCGCCUCGGGACACGCAGCGUACUGACAACUCGCCGCGCUGGGCGGAUAGGGUCCGGUUCAUCCAGACCGACGCGGCGAUCAAUCCUGGGAAUUCGGGCGGGCCCUUAUUAGAUAGGAAGGGUAGGGUCGUGGGCAUCAACACGGCGACGGCGGCGCACGCCGACGGGAUUGGGUUCGCCGUGCCGGCGAGAAGGGCUUUAAGGGUAGCGGCCGACCUCGAGAAGGGUCAACAAGCGGCGCACGCGUAUCUCGGGCUCGAGCUGGCACCGCUGACGCCCGCCGCGCUCGAGCGUGUCGAGAGUGAGGACGAACCGGUCAGGUCGGGCGGGGCGUUGGUGCACCGCGUCGUGCCGGGCAGCCCGGCGGACGCGGCGGGUUUGGCUGUGGACGACGUCGUCGUCGCCGUCGGCGGCAAACCUGUCAGGGACGUCGCGGCCGUGCUCGCGGCGGUGGACGACGCGGAAGUCGGUGAGACGGUCCGCGUCACGGUGCGGCGACCCGCGGAGACGCUCGACAUCGAGGUCGUGGCGGCAGACCUCCAGACGCGGACGUUCGACGCGGACGCCGAGGCCGUGCCGCAGGCGUCCGAGUCCAAGGGCGGCGGCGCGGGCACGGGCGGCGGCGGCCCCCUCGUGGCGGGCGGG